ACCGCGUUGGAGGCAUGACCGGACCCCGGACCCCCAACAGCGAUGACACGACACGACUCAAGGCAGACGUGCUGCGGGCGUCCGAAAUGCCAGGCCCCCGAGCCCUUGGUCGGGCCAAGACGGCCCGUGUCACGUCUGGUGAGGUGCCGACGUUGGAGCCGCAACCCCUCAGUCGGGCCAGGACAACUCGCUUCAACAAGACGAUAUUUACCAAGCCGACAACAGACGCAGUGCAGUCCCUCACCAAGCCGCAGGUGACGGACCACGACUUUCAAUCGACCAUGGGGGUGAUCCUUCCGGCGCGCUUUUGCGGCCUCGAACCGAUUCAUCCCCACUCGACGUUUAUGCGCAACUGGGAUGUGCUCUCGAUCGUCCUCCUCUUCUACACGGCGGUCAUGACGCCCUUCGAGACGGCGUUCUUGACACCAGGAUUCGGCACACUCUUCGCCCUCAACACGCUCGUCGAUCUGUGCUUCUUCCUCGACAUGCUUCUUCGCUUCUUCCUCGUGUAUUUUGACGCAAACAACAACAUGUGGAUCACGGACGCCAAGCUCAUUGUCUACCACUACCUCCGUGGUUGGUUUCUUAUUGACUUUGUCUCGGUGCUUCCGUUCAACACAAUCGGGCUCAUGGUCACCGCGCCAGCGCUGGGUCGGCUCCGAUUUAUGCGCAUCCUUCGGCUCUUUCGCCUCAUGAAGGUCGUUCGCGUUGUACAAGAUGCAAGCGUCUUUCGGUACUGGGAGGUCAAAAUGAGUAUGAACUACGCGACCCUGAGCUUGGCCAAGUUUUGCUUCUUCGUCUUUAUGAUCGCACAUUGGAUUGCGUGCAUGUUUCGCGCGGUCGCCGACUUUGAGACCAACUUGGAUGCCAAUGGAAACCGGUACAACUGGCUCACGGUCCACUACAUGGGCACGGACGCGCUCAUCGACUGCGAAGUGCUCGUGCAAUAUGUCACCGCACUCUACUGGUCCGUCAUGACUCUCACCACGAUCGGCUACGGCGAUGUGGGCCCUGCGACGCCCAGUGAGCGCGCGCUCUCGAUCGUGUGCAUGGUCCUUGGCGGCGGCACCUACGCGUACGUUGUCGGUGGCGUCUGCCGCAUUCUAAGUGCGAUGGACGCGGCCACGUCCGAGUUUCACCAGACCAUCGACACGCUCAACGAGUUUUGUCGCCACAACCGAUUGCCGUCGGACCUCUCGUCGCGGCUACGGGACUUUUUCUUCUCGUCGCGAUCGCUCCUGCGUGAAAAGAAGAACCGGGACCUCCUCCUCGCCAUGUCGCCAGGGCUCCGCGGCGAAGUCGCCUUGUACAACAACCAGUGGAUUAGCAAAAUCGACUUCUUUAGCUGCUCGGACGACCGCGAACGCUCGCAGUUCAUCACGGCCCUGGCGAUGGUGUUACGCCCCGAGUGCUUUCCGCCGUCCGAGGCCGUCAUUCGCGAAGGCGAGUACAACACGAAAAUGUACUUGGUCGAACGCGGGUUCGCCACGCGCGGCAAGGUCAUGGUGGGCGCCGGGUCGUUUUUUGGCGAGGACAUUAUCCUCACGUAUCGCCAGCGCAACGUGCCCGUGCGCGCGUUCACGUACCUCCACGUUCAAAUCCUCACCAAGUUUGACUUGGAGGACAUUCUCUCGUCGGGCUUGUACCCCGAAAUCCUGCGCAACAUUCGCGGCAAAGUGCUCAAAACCGCCUUUAAGAACAACUUUGUGCGCCUGACCGAAAAAAUGGCGACCAUGAGACGCAUGGACACCCUCCGCCAGCUCUCGUGCAGCGUCGCUACCCCGUCGUCGCCCGAGGCAGCCACCGGUCCUCGCCCGUCCAUGCUGUCGCAGCCAACUUCGACCAAGACGGCACAGGCACCUGCGGCCAUGAACGUCAUGUAGACGUCCAUGCGGGCAACAAUGUCAAUGCGGUCGCGACUUGUCCCAAGUCGAGCCGAUCGGAGACGCUCUCAGAAAUCGGCAACCGCCUCGAUAUGAUCCUCAAGCGUAUUGCAGCAGUUGAAUCGGCCGUCCUGGGCGACGGCGCCGCCUUGCCAUUGCCGCGUCCAUUGCCGACGACGUCCGACACCAUGUCAAUUCGGGGACCACCCGUGCGGGAACACGACCCCAGCCUGUCGUACCGCACGGCAGCCUUCUCGUCGCGGCACCGCGGGUCCUUGGAUUUGUCUCUCUUGUGAUUUUCUGUACCUUGAAUACCAUGACUACAACGGCAAACUGUG